AUGGAGGAGGAGAGUUUUUCUCAUAUUUUUCACGAACACCCGCUGAGUCUGAUCUCCGACUUCUCCAAGUAUAGUCGUUAUGUAUGUUUUUGUUAUGGUUGUGGAAGACGCUUCAUGAGUGGAGAUCUACUGUAUGGAUGCAAUCUCAAGUGUGGAUUUGAGUGGUUUUUACACAAAGAAUGCAUGGAAAUGCCGCGAGAGAUUAUGCAUCCUAUCCAUCCUUCUCACCCUCUCACACUCUUUGAUAGAAGGCAUAUUUCCAAUUUUAAAGAAUGUGAAGUUUGUAAAGAGAGUGUGCGUAGGUUGGGCUACAUAUGUAGCCAAGGGGGCUGUGAUGGAUUCUGGAUCCACUUGGGAUGCACCGCGGGGUUGUUUAAUUAUAAGCAGCCGCUUGUGCACCACCCAAGCCACCCUCACCAUCAGCUUCGUUUUUCCAAGAAAACAAGGUGGUGCCCAUUCCCCUGCGAUGCAUGUGGUGCCAUUGAGAAAGGGGACUCCUACACCUGCACUGUAUGUGACUAUUGCAUACACGAGAGUUGCGCGCUCCUCCCAUUGUCUGCGGACUUCCCUCGUCUUCACCCCGCUCACCCUCUCUCCCUCGCAUUUUUUCUUCCAUCUGAGUACAUCGAAUAUGGAUUUGAUUGUGCUAUAUGUAGCUCAACUUUGCCGUUGAGACAUUGGGUUUAUCAUUGCCGCCUUUGCAAAUAUGUUGUCCAUCUCAACUGUGCCACCUCCAAGUUUGAUGAUGAGAAUGAAAACGCAAGUGAUGAUGAGAAAGAGGUUACUAGGUUUCCGAUAGCAGUAGAAGACAUGUAUGAGGAUAUAAUCAAACCCUUCGUUAAGCGAGAAAGAGGACAAAGUAUCAUCCCUCAUUAUGAUCAUGACAAUCAGUACAUCGGUGGCAAGUACAGGUUCUUCAAUCACCCUGAUCAUCUACUAACGUUUACUACAUUUUCUUCAGCUUCAACAUCAUCAUCAUCCUCUCAUGCCCACUAUAAAAAAGAUUAUGAUGAUGAUGUUGAUGAAGAUGAUUUUGAUAGUAUUCUAAGAUGGGAAUUAACAUGCGAUGGGUGCACAUUGCCUAUAUAUGAAAAGAAGCAAACAGAUGGUGAUGGGUACGAGAGUGGUUAUAUGAGUUGUGAUGAAUGCAAAUACUUUCUCCAUUUAUCCUGCUUCAACUUACCACUACACAUCCCCUCUCUUCCAAUUCAUCCUCUCAAAAAUCAUAGCCUAAGGCUUCAAAAUGCUGACAUGCUUACAAGUUGGAGACAAUGUGAUAUUUGUGUGGUUUAUACGAAUGGUCUCUAUUACGCUUGUACCUACAAACACUGUUGGUUCACAAUAGACAUCAAGUGUGCUUCUCUACCUAAUACCAUCAAACAUGCAGCCCACCCACGACAUAAUUAUCUCGAUCGAGUUUCGGCCAACGUCUUGUUUGGUUUUUGUGAUUCCUGUCAUCUAUAUGUAAGUUCACAUAAGGGAAAAUACAAAUGCAAUAGCUGCAGAUUCCUUGUGUGUGGUAGUUGUGUGAUUCUACCGGCAACAAAUAAGCAUAGAUUGGAGAAUCACUUGUUGUCGUUGACAUAUGAUGCCUAUGUAAACCGUCCUGGUGAUUUCUACUGUAGCAGCUGCGAAGGCCAAAUAAACCCCAGGAAAUGGAUGUACCAUUGUCGAGACUGCGAUCAAUCCUUUCAUCCCAAAUGCUUUCCUGCAAUGUCGGAUCAUGCGGUGUGAAACAAAUGGAUGAUAUGAGCAGCCGACUCUUGAGGUAAAUUUGGUGCGACUUUUUUUUAAAAAUAUGUGAAUUAUAUUAUUUUCAAAUGUGUGUUAAGUUCAAAUAUUUGAAUUUUGUGAGCCAAAUGAAUUAAUUGUGCAUUUUUGCAUUUUUCUAGUGCGAGAAUUAUAUCUGAAAAUAUGUGAUUUUAUCCCCAAGUGUGAAAUAAAUCAGUUAAAUUAUUUUUUGGGGAUUUUAUUUAAAGAGUAUUUCGAUUUUUAAAAAUGAUUUGGAAUAUUGUCAAAGAGCAUUCAAAGUUGGCUUACCCAUUGAACCGAAUGUAUUCAU